AUGGCCCCAAUCACAUUAAGCACCGUGGAUGACGACCUCAAGGAGGUAAUCCAACACCUCUUCGAGAUCCAAUCCGCCGUCCACGGCUACCUAGGCCCAGAGACUCAGACCGAGCUCGUCAGGAAAAUCAAAAACCUCACCCUCGCGCUCUCCACCCUCUCAACACACACCAAACCGCAGCCCCCGUCGCAAGACGAAGAGCAGAAGGAAAAGCAGGACGACACCCCCGAAGGAAGUGCAAACGACCCCCUCCUCCGCGACAUCCAACUGCCCCCCGAGAUAAUCGACUAUGUGGACGCAGCGCGCAACCCGGACAUCUACACGCGGGAGUUCGUGGAGCUGGUGCAGCGCGGGAACCAGGAUCUGAAGGGGAAGAAGGAGGCGUUUGCGAGUUUCCGGGAUGUGCUUGCUAGGGAGAUGAGGAGUGCGAUGCCGGAGUGUCGGGGGGAGGUGGAGAGGGUGCUUGCUGCUACGGGGGGAGCCAGGGUUGAUACUGAGCAGUAA